AAUAUAUAUUAGAACCCUUUUCCCUCGAUUUUCUCCACCAUCUUCCCCACCUCUCCUUUUGCUUUAUAAAGAGAGCCAAACAAGCCCUAGGUGUGUGCGCCUCCUCCUCACUAACCCUAUCUCUCUCUCUCUCUCUCUCUCUCUCUCUCUCUCACUUCGUCUUCGUCCUCAUUCUUGCCACCACACAUUCCAAGAUAACCCAUAUCUUGCUUUUUGUAUUUGUUCCAUAUAGACUAUUGAGCCUAUCUCCAACCCAUCAAGUUCAUGGGUUUCCUUUACAGAAUAGAAAAAUGAAAGCUUUGUUUGGACUUGAGUAGCCUAAAAUCCCAAUCCCAGAUUUUGUUUUUUUGUUUUUCUGUGGGUAAAGAUAUUCAAGGGAAUGGCUAUUCCUUAUCCCCAUUUUGUUGGGUCAGAGAAAUCUCCCAUGGAGACGGGGAUUCUGGUGCCUGCCUCGUCAUCUCCUGCCUCUCUGUCUCCGGUCAUUCUGACCCAGGACGAGCUCAAGAAGAUCGCCGCCUACAAGGCCGUCGAGUACGUCGAGUCCGGCAUGGUGCUCGGCCUCGGAACCGGUUCCACGGCCAAGCACGCCGUGGACCGCAUCGCCGAGCUUCUGCGCCAGGGCAAACUCCACAACAUUGUCGGCAUACCAACCUCCAAGAAGACCCACGAGCAGGCCCUCUCCCUCGGCAUCCCUCUCUCCGAUCUCGACGCCCACCCCGUCGUCGACCUCGCUAUCGAUGGAGCCGACGAGGUCGACCCCUUCCUCAACCUCGUCAAGGGCCGAGGUGGGUCGCUCCUGCGAGAGAAGAUGGUGGAAAGCUCUUGCCGGAAGUUCGUCGUCAUUGUGGACGAGUCCAAGCUCGUCAAGUAUCUGGGUGGUAGUGGGCUCGCCAUGCCGGUCGAGAUCGUGCCCUUUUGUUGGAAGUUCACGGCGCAGAGGCUGCAGGCCCUGUUUGAAGACUCGGGCUGCGUUGCGAAGCUCAGGACUUGCGGUGAAAACGGCGAACCCUCUGUGACGGAUAACGGGAAUUACGUUGUGGACUUGUACUUCAAGAAGGAUAUCGGGGAUUUGAAGGCUGCGAGCGAUGAUAUUUUGCGGCUCGCGGGUGUUGUGGAGCACGGCAUGUUUAUUGACAUGGCGACCACGGUGAUUGUGGCGGGGGAACUCGGUAUCACGGUGAAGAAUAAGUUAUAAUUGAUUUUUAUGAUUAUUAUCUAACAAAUUUAUAUCUUGGAGUGUUGGAAUUUUUGGUUUUGUCGCGAAAUUGGGGAAAAGAAGGUUAAUUGGUGAUUAUUCUAAUAGGAGAAAAGGUUUUGCUUGCUGCAGUCAUUGAUUUGAUAGAAUUGGUGGGGAGGGUCUCCUCAAGUUUUGUUAUUGUUUUGAGAUAAAAGAAUAGCAAGAAAGAAUUAGGAGCUCUGGAGUUUUGGCCACAGCUGAAUGACAGGCCUUUCGAAUGUCUGAUGUAACUCUCUUCUUAGAAAUGAAAUGAAAUGAUUUUUGGUCAUUGUCA